AUGGUGGAAGGCACUGGUCAGAUACAGUUCAUGGUUCUGCUCGCCCACAUCUCAGACAGUGGAACCAGAAUCACAGAAUCCCAGGGUGGAAGGGACCUCGAGGAUCAGCUGGUCCAACCUUCCUUGGCAAAGGCCAGCCUAGACAAGGUGGCCCAGCACCCUGUCCAGCUGAAUCUUAAAAGUGUCCGCUGUUGGGGGAUCCACCACUGCCCUGGGGAGAUUAUUCCAGCGGCUGAUUGUUCUCGUGAGUUUGAUGGGCUGGCCCCAGCCGUGGCGUGCAUCCACGACAAGCUCGCCAGCAAGCUGCACUACGAUGCGCUCACCUUCAGCGGCCCCCACAUCUCCCUGCGCGACCUCAGGCGCCAGAUCAUGGCCCGCGAGAAGCUGAAGGCGGCCAACUGCCACCUGCAGAUCAGCAACGCCCAGAGCAAAGAAGAAUACACGGAUGAUAAUGCCCUGAUUCCUAAGAACUCAUCGGUAAUUGUUAGAAGAAUCCCUGUUGGAGGAGUUAAAGCUACCAGCAAAACAUGUGUUAGGAGUCGAACUGAGCCAGUGAGUGGAACAUCAAGAGCAGUAUGUAAAACACAAUCUCUGACUUUUUUCUACACGCUGCACUUAAUUCUAAACAAUGUAGCUUUGUAUUAA